CAAGUGGACAAAUUCAAAAUAUUUUUGGUAAGGGUAUAGAGAUGAAAUCAGUUGUAAUUGAUUUUGGAAAUGGAACAAUGUGUCAUAUUUCUGAGGGAACGUGCAAGUGGGAAAACAUGUAUAAAAAAAUUCAUGUGAUAUAUGACGAAAAAGAGACGAACGCAAAGGUUGUGGCCGGCCAUCCAUAUUAUUAUGAAUUGGAAUGCAAAUCUGGUGGAUACGUUGCAAGAGCUAAAGCUGUUUCCUUUUCAAUAGGGUCAACAAUUCCGUCUUAUAUCCAUAAAGAGUUAACACCUUCAAACAGACCAGGAAUCGAUAUUACAAUUUACAAAGAUAAAAACGAAUUAAAAACUGCAGUAGACAUUGGACAAUUAUUAUCUUUGAAAAUAAAGGGACCCGCAAACAGCAAAAUUUUCCCAAUCAAAUGUAACGCAACGGGCAUUAAUGAUCCAUACCUGUUGUGGGAAAACUCUACCUGCAAAUCCAAUGACAUGGCUAUCAUGGGGGAUAAGUGGACAAUCAACAAUGAAACAAUUUCGAUAGACAUGUAUGCCUUUCGUUUUGUUGAUUCAAGCAGUGUUACGAUUGAAUGCUCCGCUUAUAUUUGUCUAUCAUCAGAUUCAGCAUGCAUCAGUGCAGUAAACACAUGUCAACCACAAGCAGCAGGCAGACGGAGGCGUAGCUCCAACAUAGAAUCCCACCCUCUGCAUGAAUACAGAGAAGAGACUUCAUCUGUAUCAUUUACUGUUGCUGAUCGCUUUAAUGGUGCAAAUGGAAGUGAAGGAGUAUCUGGGAACAUUCUUCUGUAUCUUACAGCAGUGCUUAUCAACAUGUGUUGCCUUGGAAGAGCGUGAUAACAUAAAAGACAUGAGAUUUUACA